GCUGAGGAGGACAUGGACGAGCAAAAAGAACCAGCGAGAAAGUGGAUCGUUCAAGGGAAAGAUAUGACAGCGCAUUUAAUCGCCUAUAGAAAGAGAAGUAUCAAGCUGGCGCGAAGUGAAGCACGCCUGGAAGAUUCUCAUAUUCUUUCCCUUUCAUUCAUUUAUAUUCUCUCUCCCAAUGACCCUUGUGCGGUCUCUAGUCUCCCUCCACUUCAGCAAUACGCUGUAUUUGAGAAUUUGUUGCAAACUCGACCUCAUGUGUCCGACGAUUUGUGGGACAUUUGUGAAGAAACCCAAUACGCAUUGGCACGCAACCAAGAUGUCAGGCCGAUAUUUCAAAGGAAAUUUUUAGAAUGUGAUGACGAGAUGUACUACUGCAUCGAUAUCCUAAGCAACUUGAUCAAGUUCCUUCCAGCUAAGAAAAGCCAUCAAGUUGAAACGGCAAUUAUAGACACCGUCAAAGCUUUCGUAAUUUCAUCCCUUAACGUUGAUGGUGCAAAGGGGGAAUGGCAAACCUAUCACAUGCCUUACGUAGAUAGCUCCAGCGGCAAAUCGACCUCGAUGAUGCCCGAUUACGUAAUGUACGCGCAGCCAACAGCAAGAACCAACUUCGACUUGUUCUUCGUGGAAGUUAAGAGCUGGCCCAACAAGGGCAACAAACAUGAAACAGACACAAUAAAGCUGGGAAAGGAGAUGAAGCUUGGCAUCGACAAAUUGGUGAACCGAAGCGUCGAAGAUCCGAUGACAGUUGGGAUGUUGGUGGAAGGCUGUCAUGUGAAGACGUACUAUAUGGAUUUAAAAUUCGACGGCCAAUACAGGAUGGUCGAAAUGGCUCGAUACAAACUUCCGGGCAACCGGGUGGAUGGACUGUUAAUUGUGCCUCCGGUAUUAGAAAGCAUGAAACAGAUGAAGUUGAUCAUUGAGCAUACGAUGAAGAGUCUCUAUGCAGCGGUCAAAGCAGGUCGGCCAAAGACACCUUCUGGGUUAUCCGGGUUUGUCAGAUCAUCCUGUGGUAGCCCCACUAUGACCAGAAAGUGACCGAGGGCGGAAACGAAAUCGUUGUACUAUUAUCAG